GUUGGCAAAUCAAGAAGAGCUCAAACGUUCAAUAGCGUUCAAACACUCUCUUACUCGAUGUUUAAAUGCGGCACAUAUGCCCCUUCAUCUCAUACCCUCUUGCCCCAACUUGAGCUUAGCUAUUCAUGCCGCACUGACUGGUCAAAAUUCGAGGCAAAGCCAACGUCAAACGACACUCACUUCAGACUGGGGCAGCAUACAUAUGACCAUUGCACCUCUUUUAAUCCUGUUCAGGCCGACAUUGUUGUGUAACCCCCCGGAGCGUACGCAGCUUAGUAACGUGCACCUCCGACAAGAGACAUUAGCUUCAAUGUCAUUUUUUCAGAUGUUACAACCUGAAACCCUGAAACCUUCGUGUUUUCUCAUGACAUUUAAUUCUAGAAUGCGCUCUGCCGUGACUUCAAGGCACUCGAUGAGGAAAGCUCAAGCCAGAAAUUCGCUAUCUUCCUUGUACGGAGCCUGUCGGCCGUCAAUAUUUGAGUGGCAUCAAGUGCGAUUUUGCGCGAUCCUCAGGUUCACAGUCGCUCGCCCGGGGCUCGAAGCAAAUCUAUGGGCUUCGAUGGUCAUUGACAUCUAUUGCAAAUACAAGUCGUCGAAGAACAGUUUGUCAGACAAUCGUGGGCUUAAUAUGUAUGGAGACGUCCUUUGUCGACCAGGAAACACAGUCGUCAAUCUGGAGCAUGUACCCCGAGAUGCGAACAUUGUUUCACGUAAUCGCCAGGUGAAAACGUAAAGGCGCUCGGGCUACUCUCACAAUGUCCGCCCUGGAAUGCUUGGUCUGGAGCUCAGACACAGCUGGAAAGG